CUUUCUGGGCCUCUUUGUUUCCUAUUGGGGUGUCUCCAAACCCUACAAACCCCGAACCAGCUCCGUCUUCUUCUCUCUCGGAGACGGAGAUCUUCUCCCGAAUUGGGCGGUUUAUAGACAAAUUCAGACCAGCGGCAUUUCACUCGAGCUGCUGGAAACCUUGGAUUCGAAGGUCAGUAAAGGGGAAAGCUCGAAUGUCUCGCUUCUAAUUUCCUUGAAUUUCUGAACUCUAGGAUUUAUAUCGGAUCGAAUCUCUUAGUUUUAUUUUCUUGGAUAAAUUAUGCUGCUGCUUGUGAAAGGAAGCCCGUUUUCCAGUCUUUUCCCAUUAAAAAAUCAGAAUGUUUCAAUAGUCUUCGUAUUCUACGGUGGAAGACCUUAAUAGCUGAAAAGACUAUAUUUCUAGAAGAAGUUGUCAUUUUGGAAUUAAACUGGUGUUCAGCAGGAUGGAUUUGAAACAGUUGAUUAAAACUGAUGCAGGUAUUGACUGGGAUUUCAUCUAAGUUUGAAUUCUUCAGGGGGCUUGGUAUCAUAUGGAUGAUGGUUUUUGGAAGACCCUAUAUCAGCUGAAAAGAUUGCGUUUUUGUACAUAAAGCUGUCAUCUUGGGGAUUGAACUUAAAAGUAUUCCUUCGGAUGGAUUGGAAGCAGAUGAUCCUAACUGAUGCAGGUAUUGAGUGGGAUCAAGCAGCCCAUGUUUAUGAGAGUAUAAUUGCCUGCGAGGACGAGACUUUCCAGGUGAAAGCCACUCUUGAGCUCGCCCGUCUCUCAAAAGAUGCACCAGAGCCUGUCUUGGCAGGCCUUGUUCCGAUUCUUGUCGACCUCCUUGGUGGCUCGCACUUUAUGAUUCAAGCUGCUGCUGCUUAUGCUUUGUGCUGCCUUGCUUGCAGGGCUGAUGCUAACUUGUGCCCUAGGAUUGGCCAAUUUGGGGCAAUCCCGCUAAUUCUAAGAUUGCUACCUGAGUCAAAUGAUUGCAUUCGGAGGACAUUGCUUAAAUGCCUUAGUGCCAUUGUUGCUUUUGACAGCCCCAAUCGGGUAAUUCUGGCAAGAAAUGGAGGGUUAGAAAUCAUUUUGGAUUUGCUUGCUACCUGCACUGAUUAUAUGAAGCGGUACUUGUUGGAGAUUCUCAGUGCAUUGGCAAUGUUGAGAGAGGUGAGGAGGGUUAUUAUAAACCUUGGUGGACUUCCCUUCCUCCUUGAAGCUGUAUCAUCUGGUAAAUUGUCCUCAAGAACCCGAGCUGCUCAGGGCAUUGGGUUGCUUGGGGUUGCUAGAAGAGUUCGGCAUAUGCUUGUAGACUUGGGGGCUAUUCCAGCACUUAUUCAAUUACUACGUGAUGGUGAUGCAUCGAGCAAACUAAUUGCUGGUAAUGCUCUCGGUAUUAUCUCAUCUCACUUUGACUAUCUUAGGCCGGUAGUUCAAGCUGGUGCUAUACCUUUGUAUGUGGAGCUGCUCAAAGGACCUGAGCCCCUUGGGAAAGAAAUUGCCGAGGAUGUCUUUUGUGUACUGGCUGUGGCAGAGGAAAAUGCUGUGUUGAUUUUGGAAGAGCUGGUGAGGAUUCUUCGGGGCAAUGAAGAACAAGUAAAAUCUGCAGCUGUAGAUGUCUUGUGGGAUCUUUCAGGGUACAAACAUUCCAUUUCAGUUGUGCGACAAUCAGGUGCUAUUUCACUUCUAAUUGAACUUUUACAAAAUGGGAAUGGUGACCUUAGGGAGAAAGCUGCAGGAACCAUUGCACAAUUAAGUUAUGAAGGAGUGAACAGGGAAGCUAUGGUGGAAGCUGGUGCUAUACCAGUCCUGAUUGAUCUGUUGAGAUGUGAUUCAGAGGAACUGAGGGAAUAUGCUGGGGAAACUCUGAUUAAUUUUGCAGAAGACCCGCUGUACCAUGAGAGAGUUUCUGGUGCUUUUGAAAUCCCAUCAUUCCUGGCCAUACAAGAUAGGUUAAGCAGAAUCCGUGCUUCUGAUGAGCACACGGUUAGGUCUUUGAGAUUGAUGAGCACUGAACAUUUCAUAUCGGACCCGGAACUAAUCUGACUUUUCUGAUGGUAUGGCAUGUGAUGUUACUGUGAUGUUACAGGUUCUUUGUCUUGUGUAUCAUAUCAACUGUCCACAUUCUAUAAUGGCUGUCUGUUUUUCACCUUCUAACAUUCUUUGUUUGAUUUCAUCUCUUUAGUGAGGAAGAUUAUGAUGAUACUGUUGGGUAACUUGGGUUGUGAUUAAUAUUGCUACAAUUAUGUUCAAGAUCACAUCCCAGCAGCAACAGGAAUGCAGACUUUAAUUAUCGCCUCAUUCUUAUUCAAUGGCCUGCUUUUCGGGAAGAUUUUGAUACCUGACUGGGAUAUGUUUCAUGUGAGAUUCAUUUCUGUGGGGCAGCUUAUUUUUCUUUUCAACCAACUAUAUCAGUAAGUGACAGUUGGUCUUUUUGUGCCUAAGAGUGAUUAUCCCACAGCUAUCUUCCGUGGUAGCAUGAGCAUUUGGGGCGUGUGGUGUCCACAUAAGGUAACUUGAGGGACAAAAGGACACUCAGCUAAGAUUUUUUCCGAAGCUCUAUUGUGUAUCUUGCUUAUCCUUCUUGGCAUGGUGGCAAGCCAGGGCUACAUGAAUUUGAAGUCCUUAAGAAGGUUGUGCUCACUGAUGCUUCAGUUUUAAGAGCCAGAUAUGCAGGCCGGCCUACUUGUGACUGUUUAUAUGAGGAUCCUGUCAUGGAUGGGAAAAGGUCAAAAUUUUCACCUUGAACUUAGUAAAUAGUUUUAACAUGCAGUUCUGGCAUGAUUAUCCCCUCAAAAAAAAAAUUCUGGCGUGAUUAAAGUUUUGAAAACUUCCAAUAUUUUGCUUUGCAAUCUGUUGAAGAUAUGGAAUAUGAACAAGUUUUGUGGAGUUAUUGGUAUGUUCAACUGCCACAUCUGGAUGCUGAUCAAUGAAAACACUAUUCCACUAUCAGAGGUGGCAACACAUUUAGAGGGAUUGAAAUAGUUUAUUGGGGGGGAUCUUGAAUUUAAUCCAUAUGAACUUCAUUAUCUGUAUUCAUUUUUGUGAAAUGGUUGUAUAUUGUGGUUUCUUAAUCUUCUUUUAAUUGCGUCUUGUAAUUAUGAAUCUCGUCAAUCCAGUCUGGUUCUUACUGAUGGCCUAAAUUUCGGUCGCAUAAGAAUUUCCUUGCCCUCA